UUCCCUCUUUUUUUUCCUACCCCCCCUUUCCCCCUCCCCUGCCUUGCCUCUGCAUUGCAAGAGCUUCACCUCGGGGUUGUAUUAUUAUUAUUAUUCUCUCUCCCCCACUCCACCCCCCUCCGAUCUCCCUUACACUCCCUCUGGCUACUUUGGUGCCUCUUGGAAUCUCUGGAUUUAUACCUAGUGAUGUGUAAGCUACAUUAUGCCCAACAGCACUGGAAAGAGAUUUAAACCUACUAAAUACAUCCCGGUCUCUACAGCAGCUGCCUUACUGGUGGGAUCCACUACUUUGUUCUUCGUUUUCACGUGCCCGUGGUUAACAAGAGCCGUCUCUCCAGCCAUCCCUGUUUACAAUGGGCUCAUGUUCCUGUUUGUACUCGCAAACUUCAGCAUGGCAACAUUCAUGGACCCUGGUGUUUUCCCACGAGCAGACGAAGACGAGGACAAAGACGAUGAUUUCCGAGCUCCGCUUUACAAGAACGUGGAGAUCAAAGGAAUCCAAGUACGGAUGAAAUGGUGCGCCACCUGCCAUUUCUAUCGCCCUCCACGCUGCUCCCACUGCAGCGUCUGUGACAACUGCGUUGAGGAUUUUGACCAUCACUGCCCUUGGGUUAAUAACUGCAUAGGACGGAGGAACUACCGAUAUUUUUUCCUUUUCUUGCUGUCCUUAAGUGUCCACAUGGUCGGAGUGUUCACCUUUGGGCUUAUCUAUGUGUUAAACCAUGCGGAAAAGCUGGGGGGAGCGCACACCACCAUCACCAUGGCUGUCAUGUGCAUUGCUGGAUUGUUCUUUAUUCCAGUCAUUGGUCUCACAGGUUUUCACAUUGUUUUAGUGGCACGAGGACGCACAACCAAUGAACAGGUGACGGGUAAGUUCCGUGGAGGAGUAAACCCUUUCACCCGAGGAUGCUGCAGUAAUGUGGAGCACGUUCUCUGCAGUCCUCUGGCACCCAGGUAUAUUGUUGAGCCAAAGAAGAAACAGCCAGUAAGCGUGAAACCACCUUUCCUGAGACCAGAUUUAACUGAGCGACAGAUCACGGUGAAGAUAAGUGACAAUGGCAUCCAAGCCAAUCUCAAUCGGAGCAAGUCUAAAAUUAGCCUGGAAGGGCUGGAAGAGAAAACCAUGGAUAUCCAACCUCCUCUACCCCAAAAAGGAGAUUCCAGCAAAUACAGUGAGCUGGGGAGCAGUGAAGAGAGCAGCCUUUCACCCAAACUAAUCAGCCCUCCCACGCCUGCGAUGUACAAAUACCGUCCGGCUUUCAGCAACAAUCCAAAAGUACACUACCAUGGAGCAUCUGAACAGAUCUCCAUGCAGGAAGGACAUAAGCAAGGGUCCAUGAUGGAGGAGAAUGAUAGCAGCCUUGAUUACCAGUCAGAACCUAGCCUCGAUAUCCCCAACUACCGGAAGAGUUCGCUUCACAAGACUUACCAGUCUUCUCCGCUGCAGAUAGACUCCUUUGCCGUCAACUCGAGGUCUCUGAGCUUGAAGUCUGCCAGCAGGAGAGGCAUAGACAAAGCGCCCCUCCAUCCCAUGAAGUCAGAAGGGGCUGCCUCCACACCUUACAAAAGCAUCUUUUCCCCCAACUCUCUGUCGAACAGGAAUGGGAGCUUGUCAUAUGACAGCUUGCUCAACCCCAUGUCCUCCUCGGGAAGGAGGUGCAUAGCUCACGCCGCCGUCGGCUCUGUUGGGUACCACUCGCCAUAUUUGUCUGCCAAAAUGUGCCACCUGCGGGGCAGAGAGCUCCAGCGCCCCCCUCCACAGAGCUUCAGCCCCGUGCUGGGUGGCCCGGCCCCACACCCACGUGACCCCUCGCCGGUCCGCUAUGACAACCUGUCGAAAACGAUUAUGGCGUCCAUUCAGGAAAGGAAAGAAAUGGAGGAGCGGGAGAAGCUCCUCCACUCUCACCCGGACUCCGUGUUUGCAGACUCGGGUGUGUACGAUACCCCUAGUUCUUACAGCCUUCAGCAGGUCAGCAUGCUGUCGGAAGACCCCCGUAGCCUAGCCAUAAGAUAUGGCUCAAGGGACAAUCUGAUGACCACCGCCGGCUUCAGCGCGAGGAACCCUGUCCUGCAGGCCUCUGUUACUUCCCUCUCGAGUGCCAUGACCAGAACGUCAAGGACUUCCACACCUUCCCUGCAAGCUGACCUAGCCAAUAACAAUGUUCAGGCCCAUCAGGCACUGCAGGGCAGGAUGAGCAAUGGCUCCUACAAAUCACCCAGCCACCAAGUCCCAUCAUCCCCAGGUGGGAUGCCCAGGUCGCCCUCGUACGGAGGCCCCAAAGCUGUCACAUUCAUUAACACCAUGGAGAUAACGGAGGCACAGCCUAUGGGGACUCCAAGGGAGGACAUCCAGUUGAAGACGUCUCACAGUAAAGUUAACGGACAGCCAAAAGGAAUUUCCCGAGUGGAGUGCCGUCUAGGUUCCACAUCUAGCUCCCAAGGUCCCCCGGUCAGUCCUGCUAGACACUCAAACGUUAAGAAGGUGUCCGGCGUGGGUGGGACGACCUACGAAAUUUCGGUAUAAAAACGAAAUUCGUGAAAUAAAGAGCCAUCCGCAAACCCGGCCGUGAAGCUAGGUGCACUGUGAAGUUUCAGUCAAUAAUGCCAACAAGAAGAGAAUUAGGAGCAGCAGCUGUCGGGUCUUUCCUGUUUUAUUUCGUGGUGGGUUUUUUAAAAACGCACACACACAAUGUCCCAGAACACAUUUCUUUCUCUUUUUCUGGCCAAAACCAGCUGCAGCCUUAUUCUUGAAGGAAUAAACUUUGUACAGCUCAUUGGAUGCUCUCUUGAACAGAGAGCUGGGAACUGACUUAACCACCCACAGACCGAUGGCACCACAAUUUAGAGAUUAUGUUUGCUUUUGCGGAAGAGAACGGAAAAGCCAUUGUGCGUUUGUUUCUGUCCACCAGAUCCUGUCAUGUAAAUGUUGUUGUGCUGUGGUCUAAAACAGCUCGUGCGGGCUUAAUGUUUUCUCUUAAAACCUCCAGGUUUGAUGGCAAAUAAGAUGAAGGAGUGACAGGCCCUGGCAGGUAUUUUUUCUUCUCCCCCAGCCUAUGAACGAUAAAUAGUAGAUUAUUUGGAGGAGUUGGGUGUGUAGCAAAUCCACUGUCCCCAACCAGCAGGGGUGCUGUUAUGUCCUUCUCCACAAUGGCUUCUUCUUCAAUUCAUGGUAUGAAGCAGAUUUGUAGAUGUUUCUUCUUGAGCAUACAGAUCUGUUUCUUCCAUUGGGAUGGACAGACAAGCCCUAUGCGCAUGAAAGCUGUGCGCGCACAAAUAAGCAUAUAUGGACCUCUGCAUUGGUGUGCGUAGAAUGCCAAGCAAUGCCAGUCCUCUUCAACAGAAGAAGUCCAGUGGACACUACUGGGCUUUGACUAUUGUUCAACCUUUUAGAGACUGUUCUAUGGGCAAAGGAAAGAAAGGGCUGGGUUUUGGUUCUAUCCUUUUGUCAUUUGCUGCCGUGUAUGAAAUUAUGCGCACACCAUGAGUUUGUCUUUCAUGUCAUAGAACCGUUAUACAAGUAAGGAACUUCCAUUCCUCCUUGGACUAUGAUUGGUGAGUUUUCCUGCCCUGUUCAAAAAAAAAAAGAAAGAAAGAAAUUCAACUAUUCAGAUGGUAACCUAUUAUUAUAAACAGUCCUCCUUUUUCCUCCUCUUUCAUGCUACUGGAAAUGGGCUGUAAUACGGUGUAUUGUCUUGCACUGGUGCAAUGUGUAUAAUCUCAACGCAAGGUAUUAUGGUCUGUUGAAAUUUAUGGUGUGUGUGAGUGAGUGAGUGAUUGUGUGUGAUUGUCAGCCAAGUAUAUGCCUGUAGGGGAUACAUUUUGCCACUUGCCUGAUAACUCGUGAGUUUUCCAUGAGCCCUACAUACUUUGAGACAGGUAUCUUCCAAUGCUGGUAUUCACUCUGUCCAGAGCUCAUCCUAAUGAGAAUCUGGAGACACAAACCCUUAACUGAGUUGUUUACAAAAAUUCAAGUUUAUUCUCUGAAUUAGGAGUGAGUUCCUCCCCGGCCCCCCACAACUUCUCAAUAUAAUUCAUCAUGAGCACUCUUUGAUUUGGGAAUUUUUAUUAAUAUUUUUUUAGAGACAAAGCAAGUUGUAAAAGUAUUGCAUUUCUCAACUUGAUAUUUAACAUGAUUGCCUUAAACUUUCAUUUUAGGAUUUCAAUGUUUCUGGAUUAAGAAGUAUCCCUCCAAGUGGGGUUCUGAAAGUGACAUUUAAAAAGGAUCAGAAUUCUAGAAGUUGAAUUUCUUUUGACAUUUUGUUUUAGCUCAGAUACGUGCCCUUUCUAUACUGAAGGAUUAGCCCGGGAAAAUGGAGGGAUCGUCCCUGCCUGCUCCCGAGAUCCCUUGUGUGUCAUUUGGAUGCACAGGGAUGAUCCCGGGAUAAAUGGCUGGUGUAGACAUGCCCACAGGGCCAAAAGAGACAUGACCCAGAAGAUCCUCUAUCAUUGAACUAAGGUCCUUCUGCAGUUCCACAAUCCUGUUCCUAUUUGAGGCCUCCUUCCUUCACAGCUGCUUUGCUAUUCCAAAACAAGACAAGAUCAUAAUAAUGCAUUCUAGUCAAGUAUACAGGGCCGGCCCUACCAUUAUGUAGACUGAAGCAGUCAGGUGGCAGAUUCUGAGAAGUAGCAGCAAAGCAUUGCAGGAGAGACCUGUGUAUUGUGUGGCCUGCUCUAAGUUAGCUUUUUGCCUUCAGGUGUAGUGAAGGAUGCUGCCCCAUCAACAGUACUCAACACAUUCAUCUGCCAGUCCAGCUGGUGUUUUGGGGUGGAAUGGGAGAGGGUGCCAUCUUGCUUUUUGCUUCAGGCAGCCAAACAUCUUGGGCUGGCCCUGCAUGUCUAGCUGGGCCUUCAGGCAGCUCCAAUUUCAAGAAUGCAAUGUUUUAUUUCAGCACUUCUGGUUCCCGUCGGUCCAGGUGUGCAGAGCAUUUCAGCAUGCACUGGUACCCUGGUAAACCCCUUAGUCUUCAGUGAUGACAGCGAGCUUCCUACAUGCUCUGCAGGGAUGGCUUGGGAGGAUAAGUAUUGGUGCUUCCCCAAAGACACUUCCUGUUCAUCUGAUUGGCCACUAUAGUGCUCAGGAAUCUUAGGGCCAAUGGGGGAUUUUCUCCCAAUGCAAAUACCAGUUUCUGAAGAGGGUUUUUUUCCUCAUGACCCAGUUAGGCAAGAAAGGGUUAGAUUCUCCCUCCACAUUAGAUGCUCAGUUCCAUUAACUAUCAGGCUGAUACAAUUUGCUUAAAAACAAAACAAAACCCCUUCACAUUAGAUGCAAAGACGCAUUUAACAUCAAUGUCUAGUUUGACCCUCAGUUUCCUUUUCUUCUUCACCCCGUUGCUUCCCAGUGUUUUGGUUUCCAGCGAGUUUUCAUGAAUGGAAAGACUUGCUUAAAGAAUCUAAGACAAUAGAAAAGGCCACAAGGGUUCUAAGACUCGCUGCAGACAACUCCACAAACCAUUUCAUGGGAAUGGUGUAAGACUUUAUACUUUGACCAGCACAUUGCUCGGGAAGUGUUUGAAUAACAAACACUUCGGGCCAUAUUUUUAUUUAUUGUGUCCAUCAUCUUUGGGUUCUGAAAUUGACUAACCAUUGCAUUGGUGUCAUUGUCAUUUUCCUGUGGUUCCACUGAACAUUCUAACCAUAGCGGGUAAUUUCUCAUGUUACGGGUCCAUUUCUCAUGUUACAGUUUCCAAGACCCAGAAGCAUUCCUGUACAUCAUUUGUGUGUUUGCAUACAGGUGCAAGUGUAUUGUCAGAAUUAUGAACUCCAGGGCAAGAUUUCAGGGGAAUGGACCAGUUUGCAUUAUCUCCAGUUGAAAGUACUCUAUGUGCAACUAGAUAAAUGCACUCUUCUCAAUGUACCUUAUACUGCAUGACAUCCAAUUCCCCUGAUCUUGUCAUCCGAAGAAGAAAAAGGAUGGAAGCUUCAUAGAUAUCAGUGACAGUGCAAAUGGGGAUUUACAUGUGUACACAUGCAUUGUAUGUUCCAUUGUAUAUGUCGGGGUGCAGAACCUCAGGCCUGGGGCCAAAUCCAAUUUUCCUAGGGUCCCCCAAAUGGCCACACCCCUCUUCCAGAGCACUGAUCAUUUGGUGGCUUCUCACUUUUUGUGCAGUGUCCCCACCCCUGCCGAUUUUAAAGGCUUACUUACUUGCAGGAAGAGCUUUAAGAUAUAGGGUGACCAUAUGAAAAGGACGACAGGGCUACUGUAUUUUUAACAGUUGUAUUGAAAAGGAAAUUUCAGCAGGUGUCAUUUGUAUAUACGGGGAACCUGGGGCAAUUUCCUCUUCAUCACACCAGUUAAAGCUGCAGGUGCCCUGCCCUCUUCUAAAUCUGGUCACUCUAGUAUAACUCCUGCAGCUUUAAUUGUUGUGAUGAAGAGGGAAUUUCACCAGGUUCCCCAUAUAUACAAAUGACACCUGCUGAAAUUCCUUUUUCCAUGCAACUGUUAAAGAUACAGGAGCCCUGUCCUCCUUUUCAUAUGGCCACCCUAUAAGAUACAAUAUGUGGAUAUUUUUGUUCAUUUUGCCUCCAACUCAGGAUAAACUGGAGAGGAGGAAGAGGAUUAUGUAUGGGUUCCUUGGAGGAAAAAAAGGUGGGAUAUAAAUGUAAUCAAUCAAUCAAUCAAUCAAUAUCAGUGGUCAGAAAGAAAGAGCCUUUUGGGAGGUGGUAUCGUGAUUGUGCCACUUUCUCCUGGUAGAAAGUCUCCAGACCUCCCUCUUUUGUCUGCCUUUUCGACAGAUGGCAAUUAAUACCUUAUUUAUUCAAGGUAGAUUUUGAUUAGCAACCUGCUGUUUUUAAUGAAGUUUCCCCAGGAGUUUUGCUACUGCUGCCUUUUCAUGUCUUAGCUGUUAGUGUUUUCAUGGAGCUAUUAUUUUAUUGUGUGGAUUUGUUUGUUUUUACCAUGUUAUGUUUUAGCUUUCCUGGUAAGCUCCUUAAGUUAUUAUUUUUAAUAGAAAAGAAGGGUGCCGAUAUUAAACUAACUGUACAAUCCCAUAUAUGCCUAUUCAGAAGUAAGACCCAUUGAGUUCAGCGGAUCUUACUCUCACGUACGUGUGUAUAGCAGGGUGCAGAAUCUCAGGCCUGGUGGCCAAAUCUAGCCCUCCUUGGGCUCCCAAUUUAACCCUUUGGGGUUCCUCGAUGGUCACACCCCUUCCCCCCAUUACAAAUUGCUUGGUGGUAUCCCAGCUUUUGUGGAGUUUUUGCCCCAUUCAAAAUGGUGAAAGAGUUGGUAAGAACUUUAAGCUAAAAUACGUUGGGUAUUUUGGGAUUGCCCUUUUUGCCUUUGCCCUCACCUACUACUGGACUGUGGGCCCUGAAAGCUUAUCUGAAAUGAAAUUUAUCCAUCCCUGUCCCCCAUGGUGAAAAAGGUUCUGGUGUGUAGGAUUGCAGCCCAACAUCUUCCAAUGGAUCACGCAUUUGAUAAAGUGGGUUUUCUGGCCCAUGAAAACUGGUACCACAAUAUAUCUGUUAGUCCUUAAGGCAGCGGUUCUCAACCUGUGGGUCGGGACCCCUUUGGGGGUCGAAUGACCCUUUCACAGGGGUCGCCUAAGACCAUCUGAAAACACAUAUUUCUAAUGGUCUUAGGAAACUGUAUUGACUGAACUAUGUCAUGUAUCAUCUUUUGUAUUAUUAAAGCUAUUGUUAUGUAUUAUUUUCAUUAGCAAACCAUCCUAUGACAAUGGAUCGUGUAGAGAAGAACGAAAAUAAUUGUAUGGUUGGGGGUCACCACAACAUGAGGAACUGUAUUAAAGGGUCGCGACAUUAGGAAGGUUGAGAACCACUGCCUUAAGGUGUGCCACAAGGCAUAUUGCUGUUGCUACUUUUUCCCAGUCCAAGUCAAUUUAGUGUAUAUUCACUCAGAGGUCUGUUCCAUUUCAUCCUGUUCAUUAAUGGGCCAUUUUUUAUGUUGAAAAUCUGCCCGCCAGUUUGCAUUUAAAUAUGUAUUUUGGAACAAGUCUUCUCGCAAAAUCUGCAUUUCUACGCUGAUCCAAUUUUUGAGCUGAGAACGGUAUUGCAGCAUUCAGAAAAGAGCAAAUUCCAACAGAUAGCUCCGUUUUGAUCAGCAUAUUAAUCUGACAGGUGUCAGUCAUCACUACAACAGACUUAACGUGGCUUUAAUUAGUAAGGUGACAAAUGAGCAGGUAAGCACACGGAUGUUUAUGCAAGGCCUUUAAAAAUUAACAAAAGGGCAGAGAGUCUAUCCGAAGCACACAGGGAGAGACAAUGCAGAUGACAGGGAACGCCGAUUCACUGGACUGCAUGCUUGUCAUUUCAGUUGCGAAGUCAAGCAGCUAAAGGCCCUGAGCUCCUUUCUCUCUAGUAAAGCAGCAGUUUCUGCAGCUGAAACUCUCCCCACGGCCUGAGUUCGAUCCCAGCGGAAGCUGGUUCUCAGGCAGCCGGCUCGGGUCGACUCAGCCUUCCAUCCUCCCGAGGUCGGUAAAAUGAGUACCCAGCUAGCUGGAGGAAAGGUAAUAAUGGUCAGGGAAGGCAACGGCAAACCACCCCGCUAUAAGGCCUGCCA